AUGUUUUCAGUUGGAUUUGAGUUAGGACUCAAGAAGAGUGCUGCAACAGCAGCAUCCAGUUGCGAUGUAACAGGAGCAGCAGCCUCAACAGGGCUCGGCAUUGUUCAUCGGUCGUCAUCGCCUCGAGACCAAACCUCGACUCCAACCUCAGCCACCGUAGCCUCAACCUCAACCUCAGCCACAGCAAGCACCUCUUCUGCAGCAGCCUGUUCCAGCACUACUACCGCAUUGGCAUCACAUCAACUCCAGCAGCAGCAGAAACGCGCUUCAAGAAACGUUAAUCCGAAUUGUGCAGCCCAAAAUCACCACCAGCAGAUAUCCAGUGCUGCUGCUGCAGCGCUAAAUCACCACCAGCAACAUCGCCAACCCCUAUCGAAACCAACCACGUUAAAACCACCGCAUACAGUUCGCUCAUCACGAGAGAAAAGGCAAGCAAUCGAUUUUUCAUGA